GAAGAACCUCAGAGAGAGGGAGGGAAGGAGAGGACGGGUAGGAGCGUGUGUGCAUGUGUGUAAGAGACACUUAUUCUCUUAACUACUAGGAGACAGACACACUUUCCUGGCCCGACUCAAAGAAGGGGGGAAAACAGGAGGAAGAAUUUUUUUUUUCAAUAUCAUUUUAAUCUUCCCCUCAUUCAACAAUCAAGCUGCCCCAAAGCUUCUCUUCCUGGAAACUCUUCUUCAUUGCCUGCUGGAAGUUCUAUGUAUUGAUCCAUUUACCCUCUCACACACUACAAGGCUUACCUCAUGGAUUUGUAUCUGAUUGGAUAUUUGAUGUGUGUGUGGUUGUCCAGCUCACGGGUGCUUGGAGGCUAUCCCAUCUGGUGGUCCCUGGCCCUUGGGCAGCAGUACUCGUCUCUGGGCUCCCAACCCAUCCUGUGUGGCUCUAUCCCCGGCCUGGUGCCCAAGCAGCUGCGUUUCUGUCGCAACUACAUAGAGAUCAUGCCAAGCGUUGCAGAAGGUGUGAAGCUGGGGAUCCAGGAGUGCCAGCACCAGUUUAGGGGCCGCCGGUGGAACUGUACCACCAUCAAGGACAACCUGGCCAUCUUUGGUCCUGUGCUGGACAAAGCAACCAGAGAGUCAGCGUUUGUCCACGCCAUAGCUUCAGCAGGCGUGGCGUUUGCGGUGACACGCUCCUGUGCCGAGGGCACGUCCACCAUGUGCGGGUGUGAUUCCCACCACAAGGGUCCUCCCGGGGAGGGCUGGAAGUGGGGCGGCUGCAGCGAGGACGCAGAGUUCGGGGUGCUGGUGUCCAGGGAGUUCGCGGAUGCCAGAGAGAAUCGUCCAGACGCUCGCUCAGCGAUGAACCGACACAACAACGAGGCAGGACGCACGACCAUCCUCGACCACAUGCACCUGCGCUGCAAAUGUCACGGCCUGUCAGGAAGCUGCGAGGUGAAGACCUGCUGGUGGGCGCAGCCAGACUUCCGCAUGCUGGGCGACUACCUGAAGGACAAGUACGACAGCGCUUCGGAGAUGGUGGUGGAGAAACACCGCGAGUCACGAGGCUGGGUGGAGACGCUGCGUGUCAAGUACAACUUCUUCAAACACCCCACCGAGCGCGACCUGGUCUACUACGAGGGCUCGCCCAACUUCUGCGAGCCCAACCCGGAGACCGGCUCCUUCGGAACGCGCGACCGAGCCUGCAACGUGUCGUCGCACGGCAUCGAGGGCUGCGACCUGCUGUGCUGCGGCCGCGGCCACAACACCCGGACUGAGAAACGCAAAGAGAAGUGUCACUGCAUCUUCCACUGGUGCUGCUACGUCAGUUGUCAGGAGUGUGUGCGCGUUUACGACGUCCACACGUGCAAGUGAGAGAGGCCUGUGCUUUCAGACUGCUGGACUACAAGUGCUGCCCACCCACCCGUCAACUCCCCCACCUCCUGCACGACAUCCCUGCUUCCCCCUGACACGCAUCCCACACAGAAACAUAUUCACCAGCACACACACUCAGGCCCUAAUGGGUAAUGGCACAUCAGCUAUGGAUACUUCUAUACCUUUAUUUGUAAAAACCCCGCCCUAGAAUCCGUCUUCCAAACCACUACACCCAUCUCCAUAAUAUCUGACCAGAUGACCCGACCAAUCUGAGUCUGAGGUCUAGUCCGCUCUCAUGGGACGGAGCUACAGUUGUGCAUCUUUGUUCCUCUCCCCGCAGCAUUGGGCCCCUCCCUCCCCCUCGUCUUUAUUUAUUUCCCCCCUCCAUGCCGACAUGUUUGCGGCAUGUACAGUAACACUUUUUACCUGUGAGAUUAAUGCAGUAAAAAACUUUCAGACUCUUUUUGCUUUUGAAUAAAAAGCAUCUUCUAACUAACACCUCACUUCUCCGGCCGGUCUGGCUGGUUUACCUUUUGUUUUGUUUUUUAAACUAAACCAACCUCUACACUGUCACUUAGUCGUAAGUGAUACUGAACACAGCCCCAGGAAACCAUCACUUUGUAACUACUGAACUGAACUGAAAACAGCAGGCAGGUGUUGGGAAGUGCCACAGUCCUGUCUUUUGUAAACUACUGAGCUGAUGAAAUCCUCAGUGUUGCUAUUCUCCCUGCUGACUGACUCUACCGCACCAGUCGACCGGGAAGCCUGGAAGAUAUAUGCUACAGUCUGAUUUUAUAGCCCUGCAUUUCUGAAAUAUUACCAUUGGGCUGGGACUAGAGGUAUGCAGCAUGUGUGUGAACAAGCAUGCUCAUUCCACUAACUAACAACCCUUCACAUGUAUAUGUAUGCACUAUUCAGUUACUCCAGGUGGUUAAGAUUUGAGCAUUGUUUACGCGAGCAAAUUCUCCUUCGUCGCAAGCUAGCAGUGCUCAUGAAUGACAACUUUGUUCCAGCGUUCGGGCACGAUCAACCUGUAUAUUGCUCAUGAUUUCCACACGUGCGAUGCAACACAGUCGUACAUUAUUACAUUAUAUCUAAGGAGCGACGGGGCGAAAAACAAGCAGCAAAUUAUAUGACUGAGUAGAAGAUCAUUUGUGGCUGUUUCAUUUUAUAAAGGUACGCAUCAAACGUGAGUCAAGCUUCAGCAUGCUUAAUAUUAAUUCUGGUCUUAUGAGCAAAGUGAUUAUUGGGAGAUCUUUUUAUCUAACACUUCAUGCAUUCAUCAGGUCCAUCUUUUGUCUGACGCUUUCUUUUAUCACUGUAAAAAAAAAAAAAAAAGAGAGAGAAAAGAAAAAGGGGGACAUGUGACGACAUGUGGAGACCGGAGCAGGUUCUGAUUGGCUUUCACACCCUCCCUUCCUUCUCUCCUGAUUUUCCCUCACUUGGACAGUUGAGGUUUUUAAGAAGCCUGAUUUAUGAACUUGUUCUCUUGUCAGUACACCCCAAAAACACUCCUGCCCUGCGGUUUUGGUUUUGGAGAUACUGGAAGAAUAAUUUACUCUCAAUAUAAUUUUUUUUGCCUCAGAGGCAUGGACGUCUGCCCGGCUGACUCUGACUUGUAAUUUUUUAACAAAAGGAAAUUAUUUUCAGAUCGAGGUAAACAGUUGUGACUUUUGGGUGGACAGAAAAGACUUACAGUUCACGUAGAGUCUGAGAACAUUAAAGGGUAACGUCUGUAUUUCUCAACUCAAAGCCCUAUUUUCACAUUUCUGUGUCCAAGUGACAAAUGAGAGCAACAGUUUUUGAAACUGGUCCCGUACUGAGUGAGAAAGUUGCUGCCAGCAGUGACGAAACAGGCUGUUAUGUCCUCUCUUGGGGCAUAUGAGCAGGGUCAGAGUACAGCCAUUAAGAGUGUUUGUUUUUGCCACUGACAGGCUCAGAUUAUUAUAAGUGUCUGACACUAUUAUGUUAGGGAUCCCUACAGAGAUAAACCUUUUUGUUAAAGAGUAAAAUCAAUUCUUUUAACGCGCAACAGCCCUGAAAUCGGCAUCACCAACACACCAGACUCCAUUUAAAUAAACAGUGAUUUUAGCGUGUAUAGAGCCAGAACAUUCUUACAUCUAACUGGGUGAAUUAAAGGGCCAGUGUGAAAGAUUUAAGGAGAUACAUUUGCAGAAAUGGAAUAUAAUAUAUUAAGUAUGUUUCCAUUGGUGUAAUACCUGCAAAUAAGAAUCAUUGUGUUUUUGUUACCUUAGAAUUAGCCGUUUAUAUCUACAUAGGAAGCGAGUCCUUGUCUAUGGAGUCUGCCAUGUUUCUACAGGAGCCCAGAGGAGACAAACCAAACACUGGCUCCAAAUAGUGCCAUUUGUAUUUUUGCAUUGGUCACUGUAGUUAGCAGCCCCUUCGAAAGCCAAACAGCAUCCAAAAAACACAGAUUUUUAAAAUCAAACUGCUUAUUCAGUGUUUUUACCGAAUGAAAUCAGUGGGUCAGACCUCUGCGGAUAAUUCAGCUCCUGGUACAAACGUCCUGAAUGUCUGGAUCUUAAGUUAUCAGAGGACAAAGGUGAGCACAAAUUAGCAAGCGCUGAGCUAAUGAUGAGCCAGCAGCUUUGGAGAAACACUGAUUUGUAAUGUGAAAAUGCUUUUUUACUGGUUUUAAUUACCUGGUCCGUUUGUUUUGGGGUGUUUUCACACCGGUUCGUUUGGGCAGGUGUGAACACAGCCAUCACACUCAGGUGUGCACCAAAACAACCAGACCGAGACCAUCUCUAAAGGAAGGUCUCGGUCCGGUUACAAACGAACUCUGGUGCGGUUGGUUUGUGAUGAGAAUGUGUUCCGACCUGGAUGUGAAGCAACUGCAGUCACAUGACACAUUGUUUGGGUUAAACAUGAGCAUGUUACAGUCCUGGAGGAUUAUUAAUGUGCACCUCCUCCUGUACUGCCUUAAUAUGCACAUUCAGCACAUCCAAUGCAUCAAAACAUUGUUUUCUAGUUGGAGCCGCGCCUCGUUUUCAAACUGUAUGGUUUGACUAAAAUGAACAAUGACAGCAAUAUAGUCCACGAUGAGCAGCGCUAAAAUCAACCUGCGUAGUUGUCCCUCCAUUGUGACAUUAGAAAGUGUCACAUUUAUCUUGCAAGUGUACUCUUCUUCAACGUUUGCUUUACUUCCUGGAUUUUUCCCACGUGGAAAUUCUGACCAAUCAAGAGCAGCUUUCUCACACAAGGCAUUUGAUCUGGUCUGCUUGUAAAUGCUGCCGUGAGAACACGAACCAACUCUAGGCAAUUAUACAACUUUUUAACAAAAUUAGUCCCUGAUUCAGACCAAAGGAGACGACUCUAGGUCUGAAUGCACCCUUAGAGAGGAAGAGACCUCUGCUGGUAUGUCGGUUCACGGCAAAAACCUCCUGAAUAAUAAACACUGAAGGAAUUCGAACUGGGAAAUUUUUCAGCUGGUGCAAUCUGCAAUCCUCACCACUAGAUGUCACUAUAUCCCCUAAAUCUGACACACUGUUCCCUUUAAGAGUUUAGUUCAGCUAAACCAGUGUUGAUGAUUGUUAGUACAGUGGAAAAAAGGAACCAGGGAAGUUUUGUUUUAUUUUGUUUCUGCUGACUUUAAGUGUGUCUUACGAUGGCUGUCCCUGGUCAGACAAAAAUGAUCUUACUCUUUAACAAAAAGGUCUAUAUCUGUAGGGAUCCGAGUCUGUCAGUGUCAAAACAAGCACUUAUAAUGGAUGUAAAGUGAUGGCGCAAACAUGCCCCGAAUGGUUACAUUGCAGCGUGUUCCUCAGCUAAAAACUGGACCACUUUCAAAACUUGUUGUUCCCAUCAGUCACUUAGACACAAAAACAUGGGAGAACAGGAUCCAGUUUGAAAAAUACAUAAGUUAACCUGUAACGAAAAGAAGUUUGGGAAACUUCAUCAGGAGCUGAAUGAUUCAAGUGUGCAAGAUGUGUGUGUGCGCAUCACGUCUGCCAGUGACAAACAGAGGUGAAUGGAAAAAUGGAUGGAUGGAUGGAUGGAUGGCUCUUCACUAUGGUGGAACAAACUGUGAGAGGUUUCCACACAACAUGUUCUGACAGUCCCACCUGCUUCCUAUUAAUUAUAUUCAACAACAAGAAAUACCCAGUAGUGUUUAGGCUGUCCUCUCUUUGUGACAUAGCUUAGCCUUUGUGUCAUCUUCUACACAGCCCUCCCUACCUGGGCCUACCUUCCUGUGUUCAGUCCCCCCCCCACACACACCCUCCUCCACUUCUCCCGCUAUAUCCAAAGUUUUGUACAAAUGUUUUAAAGUGAAUAAUUCCCUUUUUAUUUUAUAAUCGUAAAUGUUAUGUUUUUAUAAAUAUUAUUUAUUAUACAAUGUAUAUAUCUGUAUGACUGAACUAAGAUUAUAUAUUUGAACAACAAAACUGUCUCCUGUUUUU